CCCACAGCUUUCUCAUUUCCUCUUGACGUGUAAGGUUUUCAGAUACUUCAUGAACACAUUCUGCGCAAAAGUGUUAUGCGUGAGAAUUUGAAAUAACUUCUAAUUUAUACACAAAUGUAUUAAUGAUCUUAUGGUGACAAAUUGAGCCAGUGGAGAUUAAAAUGGUUCAUUGUCAGCCUCAACUGUGGCGGCUCCUACUGCUGAUGUGCCUUGGAGGACUCCUUCAGACUGAUGUUUGUGGAGGUCAGCAUUCAGUACAGAUCCAGGAAGGUCCACUGUACCGUGUGAAAGGAUUUCCAAUGUCCAUCUCAUGCAAUGUCAGUGGCCUUAGGGAUUUAAGGGAACAAGCAUUUGAGUUUUUAGUCACUAAACCACAGAAAUCAAGUCCAAUCCAGAUUAUUAGCACUAGGGACCCAGAUUAUCCUUAUGCAGUGUACUCUAAAAGAGUGCUUGAGAAUGACAUUCUGAUUGAAAGGCUGUCAUGGACAUCAGUUCGCUUCCACAUUAAGUCUGUAAAAGAGGAUGAUUCUGGAAAAUAUGACUGUCACACUCCAAAUACAUAUGGCACUUAUUUUGGAACCUACAAUGCAGAAACAACAAUGAAUGUGAUUGAGGAUACUCUGAUGGCUUCCUACUCUGGACCUGCAUCUUAUAGCAUCUCUGAAGGUGAAUCUCUUCAACUAGAAUGCCAAGUUUCCAGUCAGACCUUCCAACAUACUCAUCUUUCUGUCACAUGGUAUCUACGUGGUACCACUGACACUCGGCCCAUCAUCAGUUUGGACCGAGAUUUAGUUGUGAGGCCUGGAACGGAAUUUUUAGACAGAUACAGCUUAGGGCUCAUAGCUAUAGAGAAGAUAGAAGACACCACCUACAGACUUAAGAUAAGUCAGGUACAGCAGUCUGACCGUGGUGAGAUUUACUGCCAGGCUGAGGAGUGGAUCCAAGACCCAGAUCGCUCUUGGUUUAGGAUUUGCCACAGGAACACCACAAGCUCCAACAUAGAAGUCAAAGCUCUAGACACAGUUCAUGAAGUAGGAACUUUUGUUCCUCAAAUCCGUGUUCUGAAUCCGGCCCUUGAGGAAGGAGGAGUGAUGAAGAUCCAGUGCAGCAUAGAAGCUCAGAAUCUUCCAGGACGUUUCUUUUCCAUGACUUGGCUAAAAAACAACAUAGAAGUGUCUCAAAUUGGUCCCACUGGUGUGGUGUCUGUAGGUAACACAUACAUGAGAAGAGAGAAUGAUGGUGAACUAAGAACUGUAAAGAAGGGGGAUAGAAUCUUCGUCCUCACUAUCCAACCAGUCAGGGCUGAAGAUCAGGGCAUGUAUCAAUGUAAAGCUGCACAAGAGGAGAAGACAGACACUGGGUCCUUCAUCAGAGGACAAAGCCAGCUAUCACAUGAAGAAACUGUGCACAUCAAAGCUAAAGAGAGUGGUUUGGCUGUGGUCAUGACAAAUCAGCUGAUUAAUAUUACUGAAGGAGAAGCUCUACAUAUCAGCUGCAGUGUCUCUGGAGCCAAAGGGCUGCUGUCUGUGUCUUGGCAGCACAAAAAAUCAUCAGGAAGCUCUUUUAGUGAUGUGAUAACCCUGAGUCAUGAGGGGGUGGUGAAAGGGCCUCAGUAUCAGCACAGGGGCUUACGCACAUAUCAGUCUAAUGUUGCUGAUUUCAUUUUGGAGUUAAGUGGAACUCUUCUCUCUGACAGUGGGGACUAUAAGUGCACUGUGACCGAGUGGAGCAUGGAAAGCAGCGGUAACCCAAAGAAAGGGAGCAGCCAGUCACAGCAGGGCCAGGUUUCUGUUAAGUCUAUUGAAUCUCUUGUAAAAGUUAAGCUGAUAAGCCGCACUGUAUCUGUUCCUGAGAACUCAUUGAUCACACUGAUUUGCUCAGUAUAUGCACCUAAAGUUUCCUUAGCUAUGACUUGGAAGUUUCUACAACAUAAUUCAAGCACUCAAAAAAACAUAAUGAAUAUGGACCAUACUGGCAGCAUAUCCUGGGAAGCAGAGCAGCAGGACUACCAGUUAGAAACUCUGGUGCAAGAAUCACAAACAGAUUUUAUUCUCAAGGUGCUGAAAGCAAGUACACGUCAUAAAGGACGUUAUGAGUGCCAGAUCGAUGCAUAUGACAAAAAUGUUCAGAAGACCAAGAAACAGUCCUAUCCACUGGCCAUCACUGUGCACAGACCUGACAGCAAAUUGUCUGUCUCCUCCCCCCUUAAGUCUUCUUUGAAAAUCCAAGCAAACAGUGACAGCAUUAUUGAUUGCUUGGUGAUGUCGAAUACGACUUAUUCUUCCCGUUUUGAGGUAACAUGGUUACAUCGUACACAGACACUGCUGAAAAUGGACCCAGAAGGGGUCAUCACUCAUGAGACUGACGAUAGGAUAAGUAUGAAACGAACUACAAGACAGACCUUCCAGUUGAUGAUGAAACAAGUGAAGUCAACAGACAGUGGACCAUACAUUUGUUCAGUGCAGGAAUGGAUUCAAGAUCCCGAUGGCAUCUGGUAUAGUCUUGACACAAAGUCUGUCACUGUGGAACUACAUGUCAUUGAAAAAGAAAGUGAUUUCAGCAUGGAUAAAUCUGCUGAUCAGCUGAAAGUCUUGGAGGGAGAACAGUUUAAACUAAAAUGCUCACUGGGGUCUGGUGGACUUGACACUUCAUUUCGUUACUCUUUGAGCUGGCUCUUUCAAAGUCAAGAUCAGAGUUUGUCCACAGUCAAGCUCCUAACCUACACCUAUGAUGGACGUCUGCAGUUCCAAGAAUCAGAUCCAGAACUUCAUCAAAGACUCAUUUUCUCCAGACCCUCAAUUAAUGUUUUUCAACUGUCCGUCUUAAAUUCCAUGCCAUCUGACAGUGGAAGCUAUUACUGUCGGGUAGAUCAGUAUCAGGUUGAUUGUAAAAGCAAAUGGGAAAGAAAAUCAAGUGAUACAUCAGGUUCAACAAAUGUUAGUGUACAGUUAUUAGAGAGUAAGCUGCAAGUUGACCAAGUAAGUCGCAUUCUUAAUGUUAGUGAUACUCAGAAGGGCUUCAUUGUGGAGUGCAAGAUCAGCUCCCGCUCCAGUGAUAAGUCUGUGUUUGAAGUGACCUGGUCCAGGAGGCAGAGAGACGAGCGGCCCCUGAUCAUUUACACUGCAAGUCGUGAUAGCACUCUACACAGCGCAAGCCCGGGUAAAACUCUGGUGUAUGACCGGCCCAGUACCAAUCUCUACACACUAACUGUGCCCGAUGUUGAUCUUUCUGAUAAUGGCUACUACCAAUGCCAGGUUGUAGAAUGGUUACAGAUAGCUGCCAACGUCUGGAGGAAGGUAGCUGAAGACAAAUCAGGAGAAAUGUCCAUCAAUGUACAGGUUGAGACAAAAUCAAGUAAAGGCACUUUCACUUUGCAAAUGCCUAACACUCGUCAGAACUACACAGAGGGAGAGAGUUUGGAUAUUACUUGUUCCAUUCAUUUUGAUAACAUGGACCCCACUUACCAUUACAGUUUCAAGUGGUUUGUGGAGAGACAGGGCUCCAGUGUCAGCACUAUUCUGCUAAGCCAUACCUAUAAUGGCGUUCUACAGUACAAUUUAGAGGACAAGCAGCUCAGUGGCAGGCUAUUGUUUUCCAGGCCUGCAGCCAAUAACAUGCGUCUGACUAUUUCGAAGUUGGAUUUAUCUGAUAGUGGAAAAUACAACUGCAUGGUUGAACAGUACCAGUUUAGCUGUGAAGGCAACUGGAAAAUGAUGGGAUCUCCACAAUUUGUUUCAACCAUGGUCAAUGUGUACAAAAAAGGGAGCAAGCUACAUGUAGACAAAGUCGAUCACUUUCUCAACAUUACUGACACUGAAAAGGGCUUCGUUGUGGAGUGCAAGAUCAGCUCCCGCUCCAGUGAUGAGUCUGUGUUUGAAGUGACCUGGUCCAGGAGGCAGAGAGACGAGCGGCCCCUGAUCAUUUACAAUGCAAGUCGUGAUGGCACUCUACACAGCGCAAUCCUGGAUAAAACUCUGGUGUAUGACCGGCCCAAUGCCAGUCUUUACACACUGACUGUGCCCAAUGUUGAUUCUUCUGAUAAUGGCUACUACCAGUGCCAGGUUAAAGAAUGGCUACAGACAGCUGCUAACACCUGGAGGGAGAUGGAGGUAGACAAAUCAGGAGAGCUUUCUAUCAGUGUUUAUGCCCAUCCUAAAGGUGAAAUAAAUGACAAACCAUGCUCUUAUGGGUUAAUACUGGCCAUUCUCAUUCCUCUGCUUUGUAUCCUACUUAUGGUUGUCCUGGGGUUAUCAAUUCUGCUGAAUAAAGUUCAGAAGACAAGCUCUACUUCAAAAAUCCAGAAGCAAUCUCUGUGGCUUGAGAAUACUCCACUAAAAGCUAUGGCAGAAACAGAAACAGGGCAAAAUACAGAGGACGGUGCCUGAAUAUAUUAAAGCUACAUUUACCCUGAUGUCUGUUGCAGCCUGUAUAUAAUUAAGGUUUUAUUUAUGAAAUAUAACCUGGAAUGCUUUCAACACCGAUAAGAUUAACACAAUAAAUUAAACUGUUAAAAAUACCAGAAGAUAUUUUUAGAUCAUAAAAUCUGUAGACAUCUGUGGAGUAUUUGAAAAUGACACACACAUUGGUUUUUAGACAUUGUCUAAACAUCUAGAAGGAGUGAGAUUAGAUGGUACAAACAGUAGUAAAGGUUUAUAAUUAAUAAAGGUAUGCUUUAAAACGUUAUUGCAUUAUAGUAUCCAAAUUCUUUUCAAGUUACUGGUUAUUAAAUAACAUCAUCUGUUUCUGUGUAUGAUUUCAUCCAUGCAACAAUGGCACAGUUGUGUAACCUUAUAAAAGAGCUGUCAUAUCACCAUGCAAAAAGGAAGUUCGUUUUCUUGUGGUAAUUUUUUCCGAGAAGGUUGUCUGACUUAGUGGUUUGUUAUGCCUUAUAAGCAGUAGAACAGAAACUGGUGACCACAAUUCAACAAAAUAUUUCCUUUAAAAAAAAGCUUUGGAUCAUUUAAGUGAAUGCAUUACAUUGUUUGGUUUAAAUGAAUAGUUUAAAGUUAUUUUUAUAUUUUCAUUCAUUUGUGUGUGUGUGUGUGUGUGUGAGAGAGAGAGAGAGAGAGAGAGAGAGAGUGCGUGCCUGAGUGUACAGAUGUCUACAACACAUAUUUUGAAACACUGUCAGUAUUCUUCCUGGUCCUUACUCUAUAUUUGACCUUAAGCUGCAUUGUAGAUGAUGCAUUUUUUCUCAUUUGCAUUUUUGUUAAAGAAGAGAACAUUAAAU